CUUCCAGAGGACUUUAAGUACCAGCUGAGCCGGUGCACCGGUGGCAAUCUUACCUGGCAUGAGUGUCGUGGGAACAAAACAGCAGGUGGUCGUACUGUCAAACUUCUACAGCAACCAGGAACUGAGUCUUUGCAGCCAUCCAUCCAAAUCAAGACUUUAUUUGCAGAAAAUGGGAAAGAUGCAGUUGAGCCGGGAGGCAGAGCAAAGCAAAGACUCUUGUUCCAGAAUGGCUUUAAAUAGACUGUAAAGUCUCUUAGCUCCUGAACACUGGUAAUGGAUGAUUGAACACUGCAGGCAGAUAUGUGAAGAUUAGUAUUUGUGCUGAACACUAGCUGAGCCUUUACAUUUUAAUGUUGACAAAGCAACCUCCUGCGCCCCCUUCCAUGCCCCCAGAGGUAACGUCCAGAUUCCGUCAAUAGCACAGGCUUACCUUCUUUAUAGUUUUUCUUCUAUGUUUGGGCUAAUUAACUGUUCCAACUAAACUAAUAUUGCUAAUAAAUCAAAAUGGUCUUAGUUGACAUUAUUCUUGAGUGAUUAUUAGUGGCAAGUAACCUGAUUUAACCCCUUAAAUACCCAGAACUACAUAACUACAACGGAUAUAAAAAGUUUACACACCACUGUUAAAAUAGCAGGUUGUUGUGAACUAAAAGAAUCAUGUCAGAUCUUUUCUCACAUUUUAAUGUGCAAUUGAAGAUUGCGCAAAUAAAGUGGAAAAACAAUCAGAAACUUCUUUUUUUUUGGAUAAAAAAAAACUUACAAUAACCUGGUUGAAUAAGUGUGCACACCCCUAAAUUAAUAUUUUGUUGAAGCACUUUUUGAAUCUAUUACACCACUUUUUAGUAACACUUACUUUUCCAGCCUUUUGUUGUCCCUGUCCCAACUUUUUUUUUAGAUGUGUUGCGGCCAUCAAAUUCAAAAUUACCUUAUUUUUCCUUAAAGUGGUAGAUUUAUUCACUUUAAAUAUUUGAUAUGUUUUCUAUGUUCUAUUGGGAAUAACAUAUGGGUUUGUGAGAUUUGCAAAUCAUUGCAUUCUGUUUUUAUUUACAUUUUACACAGCGUCCCAACUUUUUUGGAAUUGGAGUUGUAUAAACACUCUAAUGGGAAAAAUCAGUCAUGCUUGUGAGGAAAUGCACACCUGCCCAAGAUAGAAAAGAUUGCACAUUUCACAUUGUGUAAGGGAAAAACCUUGCACUAGUGUAUUUGUAUGGAAUGCUGAAAUUGUACCAUUAAACAACAGUGUUUGGUUUUGCAGUUACUACUACUACUAAUAAUAAUAAUAGUAAUAAUAAUAAUAAUGUAAUGAAUUUAACUAUAUGUAGUCUUAUAUACGUAAGUCUUCAUAUAAUAUUUAGACCUAAGUCUUGAAGAUGGAUGGAAGGACUAUAUUGAACCACAAAAUGGAAAUUUGGGCUCUACAGUGGCUCAAGGGCACAGCACAAUAAAAACACAAAAUAAAAACACAUAAUUUAACAUAUAACACAUUAAUAACAGUUCUUCAUGCCGUUAAUGCUUUGGUAAUACUUACACGUAUAUGGCCAUGCCAAUAAAGCUUGUUGAAGUGAAUUGAAGAGAGAGAGAGAGAGUGCGAGCGAGAGAGAGAGAGAGAGAGACUGAGACUGAGACUACAAGGCCUGCUGUCUCCUUUUCUUCUCCCAGAUCUGAAAUGUCUGCGAACAAGCUUCCAUACCGUUCUCCCUCCAUCCCAUUUCUUACAUUACAUGAUUUAACCAUUUCACUAUAUAUAGAAUUAUCAAGAUUUAGCAAUCAAUGCUAGACAUUUACACUACAGAAAAGGCUUGUGAUAAAUGAUAUAUGUAACCUAGUUUUAAAAGACGUCUACAGGGUCCAAAUGUCUGAGACCACAUUGAAAAUCUGAGAUUUUUUUUGAAAUUUGGAAACAAACUGAAGGUUUAAGAAUAUUAUUUACACAAAGAAUUUUGUGUAAAAAAUAUUUUAUGUAAAACAAAGAAAGUAAAUGUUCAAUAUCUUGAAUAUUUAGUAUCAAGAUUCUGCACUAUAUUUAGCUUUCUAUUUAAUUAAAUGUAAGCAAAUUAGUUAUAUUGAAUAUGUUAACUGCUUUUUGGAAAAGGUUGGAUUUUCCUCAUGCCUAAUCUUUUCUAUUGAAGCCUGUGUUCAGAUGACACUCUGAUGGAUUUUAUCGAAGAUGGAUGUAUCAUAUGGUUUUUGCAUAUACUUGUGGAGUCCAUGCCAGCUUGAGUGCACACUGUCAUUAAAGCAAAAAUGGGGACAAACUCUGAAAUUCAUGUAAAUAUCUAAAAGAUAUUUUACACAAGUUGUUGUCAAGGAUAUAAUUUUUUAAUGAAAAUAUCCAUCCAUCCAUCCCUCCAUCCAUCUCCUAUACCGCUUAUCCUUCCUUCAGGGUCACGGGGAACCUGGAGCCUAUCCCAGGGAGCCUCAGGCACAAGGCGGGGUACACCCUGGACAGGGUGCCAAUCCAUUGCAGGGCACAAUCACACACACAUUCACACACCCAGUCAUACACUACGGACACUUUAGACACGCCAAUCAACCUACCAUGCAUGUCUUUGGACUGGGGGAGGAAACCGGAGUCCCCGGAGGAAACCCCCGCAGCACGGGGAGAACAUGCUCACUCCGCACACACAGGGCCAUGGUGGGGUAAUGAAAAUAUAAUGAAUAUAAUUAGAAAAUUAUGCAAAAUUGAAGCAUUUUCAUUAGUGGUCUCAUACUUUUAAACCCCAGUAUACAAAUAUUGUUCAGAAAAGUGUUAUUCAAUAAUGUAACAGACAAUGGAUGUCUAUAAUUAAAGUAGAAUUUAUAUUUUUAGAGAAAUAUUUUUGGUGUAAAAGAAAGCUUUUUCAGUAGACACCUUCAACUCUGAGCAAGAUGUUCUUAAAAAUGUAUUAUGACCUUAAUGUGACAUCUAGGGUUUUUGUUAGAAAGCAUGAUGACAGUUAGGCUGUCAGGUUAAAAGCAGUCUAACAUGACCUUGAAACUAUAUGGCCAAAUGUUUGUGGACACAUGACCAUCAAAUCCAUGUGGUUCUUCCCCAAUCGGUUGCCAUAAAGUCGGAAGCACAUAGUUGUAUUGGAUGUCUUUGUAUGCUGUGGUAGAUAUAGCUUAGAGCAAUAACAAGAAGAAGAAGGAAUAUAAUUAUUAUUACAGUGAGGGAAAGAAUUAUUUGAUCCCCUGCUGAUUUUGUACGUUUGCCCACUGACAAAGAAAUGAUCAGUCUAUAAUUUCAAUGGUAGAUUUAUUUGAACAGUGAGAGACAGAGUAACAACAAGAAAAUCCAGAAAAACGCAUGUCAAAAAUGUUAUAAAUUGAUUUGCAUUUUAAUGAGGGAAAUAAGUAUUUGACCCCCUCUCAAUCAGAAAGAUUUCUGGCUCCCAGGUGUCUUUUAUACAGGUAACGAGCUGAGAUUAGGAGCACACUCUUAAAGGGAGUGCUCCUAAUCUCAGCUUGUUACCUGUAUAAAAGACACCUGUCCACAGAAGCAAUCAAUCAGUCAGAUUCCAAACUCUCCACCAUGUCCAAGACCAAAGAGCUCUCCAAGGAUGUCAGGGACAAGAUUGUAGACCUACACAAGUCUGGAAUGGGCUACAAUGCCAUUGCCAAGCAGCUUGGAGAGAAGGUGACAACAGUUGGUGCGAUUAUUCGCAAAUGGAAGAAACGCAAAAGAACUGUCAAUCUCCCUCGGCCUGGGGCUCCAUGCAAGAUCUCACCUCGUGGAGUUGCAACGAUCAUGAGAACAGUGAGGAAUCAGCCCAGAACUACACGGGAGGAUCUUGUCAAUGAUCUCAAGGCAGCUGGGACCAUAGUCACCAAGAAAACAAUUGGUAACACACUACGCCGUGAAGGACUGAAAUCCUGCAGCGCCCGCAAGGUCCCCCUGCUCAAGAAAGCACAUAUACAUGCCCGUCUAAAGUUUGUCAAUGAACAUCUGAAUGAUUCACAGGACAACUGGGUGAAAGUGUUGUGGUCAGAUGAGACCAAAAUGGAGCUCUUUGACAUCAACUCAACUCGCCGUGUUUGGAGGAGGAGGAAUGCUGCCUAUGACCCCAAGAACACCAUCCCCACCGUCAAACAUGGAGGUGGAAACAUUAUGCUUUGGGGGUGUUUUUCUGCUAAGGGAACAGGAAAACUUCACCGCAUCAAAGGGACGAUGGACGGGGCCAUGUACCGUCAAAUCUUGAGUGAGAACCUCCUUCCCUCAGCCAGGGCAUUGAAAAUGGGUCGUGGAUGGGUAUUCCAGCAUGACAAUGACCCAAAACACACGGCCAAGGCAACAAAGGAGUGGCUCUAGAAGAAGCACAUUAAGGUCCUGGAGUGGCCUAGCCAGUCUCCAGACCUUAAUCCCAUAGAAAAUCUGUGGAGAGAGCUGAAGGUUCGAGUUGCCAAACGUCAGCCUCAAAACCUUAAUGACUUGGAGAAGAUCUGCAAAGAGGAGUGGGACAAAAUCCCUCCUGAGAUGUGUGCAAACCUGGUGGCCAACUACAAGAAACGUCUGACCUCAGUGAUUGCCAACAAGGGUUUUGCCACCAAGUACUAAGUCAUGUUUUGCAGAGGGGUCAAAUACAUAUUUCCCUCAUUAAAAUGCAAAUCAAUUUCUAACAUUUUUGACAUGCGUUUUUCUGGAUUUUCUUGUUGUUAUUCUGUCUCUCAAUGUUCAAAUAAAUCUACCAUUAAAAUUAUAGACUGAUCAUUUCUUUGUCAGUGGGCAAACGUACAAAAUCAGCAGGGGAUCAAAUACUUUUUUCCCCUCACUGUAACAACAAUAACUUAUUGUUAACCCCCCCCCCCCUUUUUUUUAGAAGAAUCAUCAGACUUUUGGUAUAAGUAUCUAUUUUCAAACUUGGCAAAAGUUUGUUUAUCCAGGAGUAAAAUGUGA